GCUUCCAGGCUCUGUAUUCACACUAUUUAAGCCAAUUGCAGCGAACCCUCUGCAACAUUCAGCGAUUACUUUCUAUACGUAGUGCGUCUCCUGGAUCUGUUGUGUUGUAUUCUGGCCGGUGUUUCGAACACUGAGGGUUACACAUCCGUGAGGAAGGAAGGCUCCCGAAGGAGGAAAGGAUGUUACGCCUUCUGAAAGCACUCAAAAGCAUUUCGGUUGAGCCCGUCAUGCUCGUUGACGGUGCUUGCAACCAGGCAAUGCAGCUCUUCGUCGAAAACGUUCAGAUGAAUAAGAUAUGUUCUGUUAACCUCGGGUUUUCAGCCAAAGUAUGUGAAAAUUUGGCAGAUCAUCCAGAGGAGAAUGUAAUAGUCCAAAGGGAGUUCAGUUUAUUUUCCUUUUACAACAGCAUCCUUCUUUCUGUACCAGCUCUGAUAUUUGUGCUCUUCAUGGGGGCUUGGAGUGACAAAUAUGGGAGAAAGAUUCCUCUCUUGCUGACUUUGGUGUGCCACGUGAUGUAUGCUGCUGGGUAUCUGCUCAACAACUGGCAAACUUCUUGGCCUGUGGAAAUUAUCUAUCUAGUGACAUUCUUAGAGUCACUUGGUGGAGGUAACGUGGGUCUUUUAACUUCGACCACCAGCUACAUUAGCGACAUCUGUCCCGAGAAAAGCCGAACGUCACGUCUCAGCAUAGCCAAUUCUAUGUGGUACUUGGGUGGUCCUCUAGGUACCCUUAUUGGAGCGAUUAUCAUUAAACAUGCCAGUUACAAUGUGGCGUUGGGACUGGUUCUCUUGGCAUACAUUUCAGUUGUGGCCUAUGUCACUUGCUUCAUCAAGGAGAGUCACGGACCCUUUGCCAAGAAGGAACUCCAAAGCAAAGGAUCACUCAACGGUAGAACGAGUGAGGUUCCGAGCGAACGAGCCACCAUUCCAGUCAUGAUCCGAGAUUUCUUCAACUGGAGAAGAAUCCUAGAGUCCUUUAAAACAGCGCUCAGGAAGAGGGAAGGAAACACUCGCUGUGUGCUCUUGAUCAUUAUUGGGUCUAAUAUGAUUCGUCGCGUUGGUAGAGGAUUUUUCAUGUACAUGUUUGUCAGACAAGCGGUACAAUGGAAUGCGACAGACUAUGGAUACUGGGCUACAUACCGAAACCUUCUGGCUGCACUGGGUUCCCUGUUCUUGAUUCCUCUACUGACAAAACUUUGUGACAUCAAAGAUACGUCAUUAGUGGUGUUAGGCUCCAUGUCAAUAGUUGCCGAAUAUGUUUGUUACGGUUUUGUAAUGAACAAAUCACUAUUUUUCUUGCUAUGGAUGGGACCUGUAGCAGGUUUAAUUUCCAAUGCCAGCAUCGUCGCCUUCAGGUCAUUACCUACAAAACUGGUUAGCAGCAAUGAAAAAGGUCGUAUUAGUGCUGUCACAUCUGCCAUGAACGGGCUGAUGCCGAUGGUGGGAUAUGCUAUUUAUUCACCAGUGUACUACAGGACAGUCGCCUCCUUCCCAUCAGCACAAUUCUUCGUCGGCGGCAGCCUCAAUCUCUUUAUCACAGUAAUGUUUGUCUUCGUCCAGAUGAUGAACGUUUCUUCAUCGUACGACCAGAAGGAUUUGGAAUCUGGCCUUGUCAAAACCAACAAGAAACUCGUUGAUGUGUUCAAAAACAAGACCGCUGUCACUCUUAGGAGUCUCGUUCGCACUUUUAGCGGUCCAGUACAACGGGACAGCACGACGGUGGAAAGUAAUCAAACUCCAGGAAAGGAGAUUCAUGCUCCUCAGGCACACGAAGCUUCUUCGAAGGACGCCCAAGAAGUUGGAACACCAGGAACCAAGAAAAGUUUGACGGGUAUAAUUAACCCUUCAUUUUCAUGCGACGGUGAAGAAGGCGUGUGCAAGAGUGAUUUGCAAAAAGCCACAGAAAGCAGUAUGUCGGCUGCUAAUGCUGAAGAAAUAGUCACGCAAACCAAUAUAAGUCCGGAGAGUACUGUUGUCAGAAGGAAGGAUUGCACUAGACAUUGUGAGAAGGCCGAGUGCCAUUCCUCUCUCCCGCCCGAAAAUUUGUGUGACCCUCCAAUAGAUAAACUUCAGUCAAGAACAUAAAUAAUACCUGAAUAACAAAUAUUACUUAUAAGUUAGUCAGUCUCCAAAUUAUACCUUGUAUAAAGGUAUUUACAGUUUGACCAUUGUCCAAAUAAUUU